AUUUCUUGAAACCCGAAGUAAACGUCAGUGAGUAUAUACAUAAAAGAAACGUACCUAUAUGAUUUAGUGUUAAGUUCUAAGUAUCUUAAGUUUUCGAGAAUGACAUUCUACCCUAGAUUUCAUCUUGUCCCCAGUGCUCCAUCAGCGAUGGGUGAAGGCAACGGAGCUUUGGGCAUCGACCACCAUGAGAUCCACACCAUCAACGGCAACCACUCGGGCAGCUCCGGUCGAAGCACGCCAAAUAACUCCAACGAUCCAGCUCCUGGAAAACUCUUUGUUGGAGGGCUCAGCUGGCAGACAUCCAGCGAGAAGCUCAAAGAGUACUUUGGGAUGUUCGGCAAUGUUACGGAUGUGCUCAUCAUGAAGGAUCCUGUCACGCAGAGAAGCCGCGGCUUCGGUUUCAUCACGUUCUCCGAAACGUCGAGUGUCGAGAACGUGCUAAAGGUGCCCAUCCACACGCUGGACGGCAAGAAGAUAGACCCGAAACACGCGACGCCCAAAAACAGACCGCGGCAAGCGAAUAAAACCAGGAAGAUAUUCGUGGGAGGCGUCAGCCAAGACACGUCAGCCGAUGAGGUCAAAGCCUACUUUGGACAGUUCGGCAAAGUGGAAGAAACUGUUAUGCUGAUGGACCAGCAGACCAAGAGGCACAGAGGAUUCGGAUUCGUCACGUUCGAAAAUGAGGAUGUUGUUGACAGGGUGUGCGAGAUUCAUUUCCAUACUAUUAAGAAUAAGAAGGUUGAGUGCAAGAAAGCACAGCCGAAAGAAGCAGUUCAAGCUAGCGCUCAGAUCCUCGGCAAACGUCUGAUGUUGGGCAGCUUAGGUGUGAGGAUGGCGGCGCCCGCUCCAGGUGCGCUAGCAGCCGCCGUCAACCCGUUGGCUGCCGUUCAAGCGCAGGCGCACGUGCAAGCAGCCGCAGCGGCGGCGGCUGCCGCACAAGCGCAGUCGGUAGCCAGUUACGGCAAGCUGUUCGGCGCCUUCCCCACAUUGGCGAGUUACAGGUAUUCGCCGUACCCGAUGGCGGCGGUCAGUGCCGGUGUCACCGCGGGACCUGCGGCAGCUGGAGCUGCUGGUAAUCACAACCCAACGAAUGCCCCCGCCACGGCAGCGUCGGCCCCCGCGUUGGCUGCAGCCCCUGGACCAGUAGCCGCAGCCGCCAGCCCCUACCAGGGGUACAAUCUCACAAACGUUGACAUGUCAAGCUUCCAGGGCGUUGACUGGGGCUCCAUGUACGGUGUAGGCAUGUAUGUCUGAACGUAGGACGUCAUCUGCCGGCUAGUCGCUCAUCCUCUUUUCACUACUUAUUAAAGCUACCGUGUGCAUGUAUUGUAACAGAGAGAAGAAACAAUAGAAACACGAGUGCUCGUUUGGCGGAUUUCCAAACAUGUUGCUAACACUUUUUUCGCUGUCUUGUGUCAACCGUGCAGAGACAGAUCACGCGUAAGCGUUUUUAAUAAUUAUAUAUUGGAGAAUACUCAUAUCCCUUUUGUGGCUUGAUAUCGUACGCGGCAAGGGUGGAUAAGAUCUGAUGACAGUCGGUCAAUUAAGAAGCCUUUUUCGUAUAAGAAUGGUGCCAUUUUGAACACCAAGCCAUAUUCAAAUCUCAUUUGCAAACACCAGCACGCGAUGCUCAAAUUCGCAGGCCACAAAUGCCUGGGCAGGCAGCAACAAGCAGGUUCGUUUUGAACCGGAGUAAAAGAGGUUUAGUACUCUUUUUUGCUAAAUUUUUAUGAGUUCAUUACAUGAUGCAUUUUCGCGAGCCUCAUUGAAACGAUAUACGUAAUUUGCUCAAUAACUUUAUAGUUUGUAUCUUAAAUCAUUAUUUAAUAACAGUGAACAAACUUGAAGUUAAAUAUAUCGGUGGUCAUGGUCUGAGUAAUUUGAAUAUGUUGAAAGUUCUCAAAUUUAGAAUAUCUAAAAUCUUUGUAUAUGUAUAUUUAAGAAUAUAUUUUAUAUUUGGACAUUUGAAUGAAAUUGACCUCCUGUUCUGUUUUGUAGGUGAGAGUUGCUAUUAAAAGUCUAAAAGACAUAAGUUGACAGCUUAGAAAGGAAACCCAAUUUAUAUUUCUAUUUACAGUUAAAACCGUUUCAAUAUUUUACUUGAUAUUUUUUCACUUUUCUUGAUUAGGAUAAAAAUAAACUAAGCUAGUUUACAGCUUCUCAUACCGCCAAACAUGAUUUUUUUGUGAUUGUUUUUCUUUGGAAGUCUGGUACUUUUCACCUAAUAAAACUAUCAUGAAGAUCUGUCACACCCUUGUACAAAUGGGAGGCGUACAUUGCGAUAUGCUGUGGCAGUAACUCUGAACCGCGGUUGCGCUCCUAAUGGACAUGGCUCCAUCUAUAUGUCUGCUAUCUGCUCAUCUCAGCAUUUCGGCAAUAACUCGCAAUAAUCAGUAUUAAUUGGAUACAUUGACGUUUCCAAUCUGUACCGUUGGUCGGUCGUUUUGAGCGCGCACCGAGCUUGGGAAGUUUUUCAGAAAACGCUAAAUAUUACAAACAGUCGGUUGAAAUAUAAAUAUUAUAAAUAUACAGGAUGUUUCAGAAAUAAUACGCCAGAGUGACACGAGAGGUAGAUUGACUUCAGAUCAAUCAGAUAAAAUCGACAUGACCUUGGUAAAAGCUUUCUAAUUUUCGAGAUAUUGCCACUUUUAGGUUAUUUCAAAAAAUCACUUUUUUGCCUGUUGUGGCUAUUAAGAACUUCUGAGUUUUUUCCUGGGCUACCAUUAAUAGUUGGUUGAGACAACCGAGGAUUCAUUUCAUGCUAAAAAAAAUGACACAUUUUGUUUCAAUGUGAAAACCUCUACGAAAGUUUAACUAAUUACUGUGAAAAAAAUGUACCAGACUGAAUCGGCAAAUGAUCUUAAAAACUAGCCAUUUAAUGCUCUUUUAAAAAUAGUAUUGCAUUUUGUAGGUUCUUUCUACCGAAAAUUGAAUAAGUCCAAGUUUUGUCAUUGAACUCGUAAUACUUGCGAAAUGCUACAAAUAAAAAAUGAGUGGUCAAUCUUUUGUAUCCCAAUCACUAAGUAAUGAAACGACCUAACCAUGUACUGCUUCUUGUGUUAGUGCUACACACGUAGAAAGAACCUACAAAAGUUAUACUGCUUUUGAAAGAGCAUUAAAUAGGCUAGUUUUUGAGAUCAUUUGCCGAUUCAGUCUGGUAAAUUUUUUUUUCGCAGUGAUUAGUCAAACUUUAGUGAACGUUUUCACAUUGAAACACAAUAUAUUAAUUUUUUUUUUCGCAUACCGUGCUAGUUUUCAAUGAAGUGAAUACUAGGUUGUUUCAACCAACUAUUAAUGGUAGCCGAGGAAAAACUAAUAAGUUAAGCGUUCUUAAUAGCCAUAACAGGCAAAAAACAGCAAAAAUAGUGAUUUUUUUAAAAAUCCUAAAAGUGGCAAUAUCUCGAAAACUAAAGAAAAUACAUUAUGUUGAUUUUAUCUGAUUGAAAUGAAUCCAAUCUACCUCCCGUGUCACUCUGGCGUGUUAUUUCUGGGACACCCUGUAGAGUAAUAUAGCAAGUUCAUAUACAAAAAUCACAACAGACAUUCUUCGAGUUACGUAAAAUAAUCGCUCUGGUAGCGAUCUCAUCAUCAUUUUUUUUUGUCUGUAAAAUAAAUGGGCUAUUGAUAUGUCUGAAGUAAGUUUAAAGUGGUUUUUAGUCUUUUGUAUCUUAACAAGUAAAAUGCAAUUAAAAUUCAUGCAUAGACGGACAUGAUACUUCCUUUAAAUAUAUCAAUACUUUCAGAUAGAUAGCGAUUUCUUCAAAAACAUUGAUGUAAUACAUCCUAUAAAAUGAUAGAUUGAUGGUAAGCUUUGUUCUUGAAACCAUUGCAUGCAAGGUUUUGUUGUUGAGAUAUUGCCACUUUUGUUAAAGCACAUGCGUCAGUUAAACAUUUCUCUUCCUAUUGCUGACUGUAAACAUGGAUAAACUUCCCAAGUCUCGUUUGCAGCUGAUUACGAAUAAAAAAAAUCCUGCGUUUUACUCUUUUCGCUCUAUCCUAAUAUUCCUGGUUGAAUGGCAAUAAAAAUAACUUUUAAGCGGUUUUAUUGGAUGUAUUGGAUGUACUUAAAUUUGUAACUCGGUACUUAAUUUAUUUUGAUGAGUGCAUUUCUCUGAACGAUGCGGUGAUACAUUCGAAAGCUGUUAGGUUAUAAUUAUUAUUCAUACUGAUUAUACUCUUUACUACUGAUCUCAUUCAUCACCAUUUUUUUGAGGUACGGUUACGCAGGGAUGGGAAGGCGUGGGGCCGUAUCGGCAGUCGUUCCUACAAUUGCAUGACGCCUUUAUGGCCUUGAUUUUCAUAGUCUUUUCUCUCCUUCAGAAAGGCUGGUGUAUUUCUAGAUUUCUACUGUUCCGUGUCAGCACCAGCGCUCUCCUAUUGUGAGGCUAUGUUUUCUGUUUGAAUUGCAAGAAAUUUCAGGCUGAUAUAAAUCAGAGGCAUGAACAAUUUGAUGCAAAUAGGCAUUUGUAGCAUAACCUCAAAAUAGAGCGCUGACAUGGCACAGUAGAAAACUAUGAAAAUCAAUUAUAGUAGGUCGCCUUUCUGGCCUGCUUGAUUUUCAUAGUUCUUCCUGUCCGUCAGAAAGGCGCUCUAUUUUGAGGUUACAAAUAUCUGCAUCAAACUGUUCAUGCUUUUGAUGUAUAUCAUCUGUUACAUAGCCUGAAAUUUCCUACAAUUCAAAAAGAAAACAUAAUCUCACAAUAUGACAGCGCUGAUGCUGGCAUGGAACAGUAGAAAGCUAGAAAUACCCCAGCCUUUCUGAAGGAGAGAAAAGACUAUGAAAAUCAGGUAGGCGAUGAAGGCGUCCUACAAAUAUUGUAGGAACGAUUGACGAUACGGCGCUUACAGAAAUGCUAACUAAUAACAAGCUUGUCUUCAACAAUAUCGGACGUCAAAUACCUAAGUGUAUUUUAAACGUGUAGACUUAAGAGUCAUAUUUACUUAUAUGAUAUUAAUGUAAGGAAGUAGCUUAAGGUAAUGUUUAACUGUUUGUGAGUAAUCUCACCGAAUCAAUUAAUAGCUAUUGCAUGAACUGUUCAAUAAGACGAUGUACAAAUAUGGUUUUUAUAAACAUAUUCAUGACCAAAAAGUAUGAGUCGCAGAGACUCGAUCAAAAUAAGUAGUUGAAAUGAUGUUUUCUUCCAGGUGUAUGGAUUAUUGUGUGAUAUACAUAAUUUUUCAUGAUAUACAAUUUUUACCUUGCUUGCUCUACGAAUCUUCAAUAUAACCAAUGUGAUCUGUAGAAAGCUAACAUCCUCUCCAUUAGGCAGCUAUAAUCGUUUUCUUGUUUAGCGUGGUUCAAUCUAGCGACAGUUUUAUGGUGAUAUCAUAGUUUUCAUUAAAAUAAUGAAUACCUAGUAUAUAAAAGACAUAAACACUGAAGGAAAGCCAGACUGUUGAAAGAUUGAGCCACCUCCUACUUUUUUUUUAUUUGAGAUUCUACGAAAUAUGUUCAGUUUUAGCAUUUUUGUAAACAAAAUUAUACAAACUCGAAAUUACAGUGCAGCUACUACUUCAUGAAUCAUCUUUGGAUCGACUAAGGCUAGAAAAAGAUGAUUUAAGUUGCAAAUUACAUUUUCGCUUUAUAGACCCAGUCAGGCGAUAACAGAUCUGAUAAACGCUAUUAUCCCCGAGUAAUCCUGCACACAGUGUUAAUCAUUGUCGAUAUUUCUUUCACUUGAAGAAUAUGACCUAUAAAACGUUAUUCAGUGACCAUAACCAGGAACUUAUUCAGAUUUUUCUUUUGACAUAUUAAAAAUGACAUUUUGACUUGUAACGGGUUCGUUGCAAAGUGAAAUGACUGUUGUUGUAACCUGGUGUGCUCAUUUGAAUGGACAAAUUUUCAAGCUGUAUGCAGAAUUACCAACUUUUAUACAAGGUAGUUAGACCCGCCUACAUUCCUUAUUAGCUGUGUAUCGAGUUUUUAAGACAUAAAUGUGAUUCGCGGACCAAUGAGUUCGCAGCGUGGCCUUGGUGCCAUUACGCUGGAAACUAAGAGCUAUCUAGCUUGAAAAAAUGCAAGAUUUACUAUUGAUCGGUAAGUCUAUUCUGUUAUAGUCAUCUCAGUUUCAUUUUUUUUUGUUGACAAAUAUUUUUGCUCAAAAAUAUGAUCAUUUGAAAAUAUACCUCAUAUCAGAUGGGUUAACUAUUUAAACUACAAUGUCAAUUUAAAAAAUAUGAAGAAUAUUAGAUAGAAACGAGAGGGGCCUUGGCAAAUAUAGCGCUGAUCUCGAAAAGACCCCAUUUUAAGUAGUCUGGCACAUGGUAUAAUAUAUAACAUUAAUUUGAAUGUGUUGUUUUACUAUAUGUAUUUUCUCCAUUUCAAAUAUUUGUGGUGGCAUAACGGUUUAAGUGCUUGGAUCAUUUUGCCACUUCUUAAAACAGCACAUCUGUUAACCUAGUUUUUCUACAACUCAAAAGAUGCGCAGCACGUUUUAGAAUGAUUUGGAUCGUUUUGCCAAUAAGUAAUUUUUAGUUUUAACUAUGUACUUAAAUCAUUUUUUUAAAUUGCCCCUUAGACGCUUCUGGUUUUUACCUCUUCAAUUUGAAUUGAUUUGGAUCGUUUUGCCAAUAAGUAAUUUUUAGUUUUAACUAUCGAUAUGUGUACUUAAAUCAUUUUUUUUAAAUUUUCACUUAGACCCUUUUGGUUCUUACCCCUUCAUUCAAUUGUGUUGUUUUACUAUAUGUAUUUUCUCAAAACAAGACUUUUUUGUCCAUGAGACAGCAGAGUGUUGUGUUAUGAAAUGCUAUGAGAACCAUCAUAUAUGUAUUUUGAUCUGUUUUUGUUUAUGGGUAUUUUUUUUUGUUCUGGGUGACGAUAUUGAAUGUACCUAUAGUAUUUUUUUUUGUAGAGAUCUGCUUUUUUGUUUUUUUUUACAUAUGAAUCGUAGUCAUAAUUGGCUACGACGAAUUUAUAAGUACUUGCAUUUUUUACAGCUGGAAUCGUAUUUCUUAAAUUUCCACGGUCAAACUAGCCAAGAAAGGGACAUUGUCUCCCUUUUUUAAUUAGAUGGUCUAAUCACUUAUAUAGUACUUAACUCAGUAUUCUUCUUUGACUGACUUGCUCUUAGUUUCAUGCCGCUUGUAGUUUUAAAAUAUUCAUUUUUAAAACAUACAGGCUUAGUAUUAGUUGUCCUACUUGGUGACAGGCAGUGUGGUACAGCCAUGUGAUAGUUGUUGGGCUAUCCUGUGCCUGUCUCCUGCCAAGAUGCUGGUGAUGAAUCCGCGGAUUAUCAUUAAUUUUUUCCAAAUAGCUAUCUUUUUUUUGAAAGUAUUCAUAAUUUAACUUACAAACCUAGAACAUGAGGAUUGAGCUUACAAGUACUGUUUUUGAUGUACUUGGAGUCUUGAGACUUGAUAGUAACUGGAUCUGGACAAGCUUUCAUACUAGUAUGACAUCUUGCCAAUUUGAAAAACGAAUCCCAUUUUCUAACGCUGUAUAGCAGUUCUAAAUUUUGACCGUCUUCCCACUGAAAAUUAAAAUGAUAAUCAGCCAGGAUUCCGUAUUGAUGGUCCAGUGCCAAAAGUUUUCUCCCAGCUAGUAUCUUGGUUGGGACUAGUCGUAUUGACUUUGUAAAAUAAAUAUCCAGUUGACAAGCAAUAAGCGUUGUGAGACGAAGAAUGAACCCUCUAUUUUUGUAUUUGAUUAUAAGGUGUUAAGACAAAUAAAAAGGUUUCUUUUUUUGGUUUUCACUUUCCGAGUGAACACUGUAUAUAGCUUAGCGUUUUCUCAGAGGGUUGAUUUCACUUGUAACAAAUGUUCGAUGAUUAGUAUUAAGGGUUCAACAGAUGGCUGGUACAAAAAAAUGUAGUCACACUGACAGCUUUUUUAUUUCUAUAUUGCUUUGGUAGCAGAGGUCUCAAGUUUUUCCAUUUGGAUCAUGUUAUGAUUGAUCAGAACCGGUUGAUAAGCUGGAAAAAUUUGAAACUAUUACAAUAUUCAACUUACUAUCUUUCCAUCUAUAACCAACAAACAGUUGGCUAAUAUAGGGUUUAUCAUAUAUUCAUGAUAUUAUUUGUGGUUUAGAACUGUAACUCAAGGUGGUGGUUUCUUCUGAUAUUUCCAAUGUUCCUUAAACCAAGCAUGUUGUGUUGUGAUUUUAUGCUAUACCCUGUAUAGUUCAUGUUACUUCUUUAGCCUCUUUCUGUAUCUAUCUGUGACUUACAUAAGAUUUCUUCACUAUCCCUAUAUUAUAUAGUGGAACAUUGUGACAUAUAUAAUUACAAUAAGUGGACCAAAAUGUAUAAAACAUAGUCACUCGCUCACGUAGCAUUUUUAAUCAACUUUUGUCUUGAAUUUUCACUCAAAGAUUGGUGCGCACUGACAAGAAGACAUCGAUAUAAAUAUAUUUUGUAUCCUUACACACAUUGUUGCAUUUGUUUAAAAUGUGAAUUAAUAUUUGGAGGUUACGAUAGAAAUCACCACUAGAUAGAGAAAUGCUAAAGACGUAACUAUUGCUGAGUGUAUAGUUUUAUACUCAUCAAGAGGAUGAUGGUGUUGUACAUUUUGACACAUAUGUCUUCAUCGACAAUUACUGAAAUUACUUUCCCCUUACGAAUGUUCAUACGUUACUACCAAGUACUUGCCAGUUUUUGCUACACUGUUUAGAAUAGCCUAUAGGCAACCAAUCAAGUGUGAUAUUAUUCAACAUCUAACAAUCAGCAGGUAGCAGUUUCAAAUUUUUGUCACAUUUGAUUGAUUGUCUAAACGUCUGAUAGUCCAGUAUCUGCAUCGUCUAGGAAAAUGUUCCGAUUCAGUUUUAUUGCAUAACCUUAAUCAAAAAGUAAUUAUAUUUAAUAUUUUCAGGCCCAAAAUUGCGUCAAAAAGUAUUUAAUUUUUUAUAAUUCCAAACAGGUGCGUUUUUUUUUUGUUUUGUUAUUCUGAAUGAAAAAGUUUCUUAUGCCUUUUCUCUGUCGUUAAUAGUUUUCUAGAAAUAAGUGAUUUAAUAUUUGAAAAGGUGCAAAAUGUGCUAUUUUCAACCUCGAAAAACAAUAAAAAAACGGAAAUUUUGUUGCCUAAUGUUCAUGUUGCUUGAUUAGCAAUUAAAAAACAAGUUUACAAUGACAAGUAGGUACCCCCUAAAAUGCGUUCAUGGAUGCUUUAGAAAUAUUUAGAAACUCUAGCAACAUUAAAAUUUUCAUAUUGCUUUGCUGGGUUGAAAAGUGCAAACAUUGCACUUUUUCAAAUGUAAAAUCGCUUUUAUGUCGAAAUUUGUCAACUUUAAAGGAGAGUUCAUAAGAACUUUUUUUGUUCCGAAUGACCCAACAAUCAUCGGGAGCGAAAAACUAAUUUUUGUUUUAAGUUUGUUUGGACUACUUUUGACGAAAUGUUGGACCUCGCAAUAUAGAGUCGUUAAAAGGUUUUUUUUUUAAAUAAGAUCAUUAAAAAAAUGAAUAAGAAUAUUUUCCCAGCGUUUGUGAAGAUACUCCUGGACUAAAAUGACUACUAACCAGUUUGGGACGCUUCGUAUACUAACUAGACUUUUUUGUAUCAGUACAUAACUGUAUAGACACUUAUGUUUAGGUACUUGUCAUGUAUUUUAAAAUUACAGUAGUUACAUAAGUAAUGUAUAAUUUUCCUAGUAUUAGAAGUUAGCUGUACCUAGUAUCUAAAUGUGUAGUGUAGUUAGCGGCUUAAGCCGCAUUUGCACUGUAGUUCUGUCGUUAUAAAUAAAGUAGUUUCAUAAAGUAGACUUGCUUGAUCAAUCCCUUAACGUAUCAAUAUGCUUGUACUGGGCCCCAAGCGGCUGAAAAGACGACAGACUGAUGCGAGUUAAGCGAAACUGAGAC